UUUUGGUUAUUGUUACCAAACUUUUACUAAGGAAAUCUGUAGAGAAAUUUUUUGGGUUCUUUGUUUUUAGAAUCUGUAUUUUCCAGUUCCACAUGAAUUCCAUGUUCUGCCAGUUCUUGAAGGUUGUCAUUGGUAAGACUCUUACCAGAAACCUGUAGUAACUCCUCAAUAUCCUGUUUGUCUACAUCUCCUAGUCUUGCUCUAUCAACUAGGUUGAGUUUGAUCAACCUACAGCAAUAGGCUCUUCUCAUUGAGAAUUCUUGGAUACCUUCAGCCAUAACUUCUUCCACAUUUUGUUUGUGCAUUUAUCAGUUAAUUCUUGCCAAACAAAGCCGAUAUUGCCUAUGUCAUCCAUGAUGAUAUAUUUUUUCCAAAAUUGCACCAAACAAACAUAGAUUUAAAGAAAGUACAUCUUUUGCUGAUUGAUUCGUGUUUGUAAAUAAUUGUAUUAUGUACAAAUCAAUAAAAUGUUGCGAUAAUUUAAAUCAGCAUAAAUUUUGAGCUUUUUCUUUUAGGCUUCGAGCAGACGAUACUAUAUUGAAUCAGUGUUGAGUGAGGCAGCAUUAAGCAGGAUCGUACUGUAUUUUGAAUUAUUUUUUAGGCUAGAAUUUAAUUAAUUUAUUACACAUUUUAAUCUAAUAAUAGAUAAAGUUAUCAUCUCAUAAAUAUUUUAUUAAUUAGAAUUAUUUAAUUUAGUUUGAAGUGUCUAACAGAAAGAAGUUAAGACCAGCUGAAAGCUGUAGAGGACCCAUGGACAGAGAAUGAAAACAUGGUACACAAGUUAAAAUUUUUUAUGGCAAAUGAUAUAGGCUGAAGAAAGAAGGUAAUAACAGAAUGAAGAAUAGACUUUUUAUCAUAAUUUACUACAGAAGAAACUAUCUAUAUGUUCAAAAUGAGCAAUGGUAAGAAAAAAGAAGGAAAUCUGGAACGAGCAGCAGCUGAACGUGUAGCUAUUGUUGCCAGAUAUGAUACUGGUUCAGAUGCUAAAUUUGUUGAUCCUUGGGAAGAUCCUGCUUUUGAAGUAUAUCAUGUGACUGAUCGUUACGGGUUUAUUCAUGAUUCACGGCUGCCCGAUAAACUUACUGCUCAUGAAACUAAGUUAAAAAGAAGAAUAUAUAAGGGAAUACCAAAUGCAGUUAGAGGUGAAGUUUGGUCAAGAUUAUUGGAAGUUACUGAAAUUAGAGAUAAACAUAAAGAUAAAUAUCAAAAUAUGCGUGAGCAUGCUCGAAAAUGGUCUCCAGACGUCAGACAGAUUGAUCUUGAUGUUAAUAGAACUUAUCGUAAUCAUAUCAUGUUUCGUGAAAGAUAUAAUGUAAAACAACAAGCUUUAUUUCAUGUUUUGGCAGCUUAUUCUACCUAUAACAGUGAAAUUGGAUACUGUCAGGGAAUGAGUCAAAUUGCAGCUCUUUUAUUGAUGUAUAUGAAUGAAGAGGAUGCUUUUUGGGCAUUAUCAAUAUUAAUGAGUGAUGAAAAACAUGCUAUGCAUGGAUUCUUUAUUCCUGGUUUCCCAAAAUUACGAAGAUUUCAGGAACAUCAUGAUAGAAUAUUACAGAAAUUUUUGCCAAAAUUAAAAAAACAUUUAGAUAAAUAUGAAAUUCAUACUAGUUUAUAUACAUUAAAAUGGUUUUUUCAAUGUUUUUUAGAUAGGGUACCUUUUACUUUAACUCUGAGAUUGUGGGAUAUUUACUUACUGGAAGGAGAAAUCAUAUUGACAGCUAUGUCAUAUACUCUUUUAAAAUUACAUCGUAAAACAAUGAUGAAAAUGGGAAUGGAAGAGUUGGUGGAUUUUCUUCAAGUUAGGCUUGAACAUGAUUUUGGUUAUCAUGAUGAUGCAGCAAUUGAUGCACUAAAGACAUCUGUUGAGGAACUUCGCAAACAUAAAAUGCACAUGCCUGAUAAAGCUCCUUCCAAUGAAUUUCCUAAGAGGCCAUUUGGUUUAGUUAAUGAACCAGCUCUUGAGUCGAUACAAGUUCCUGAUAAAAAGACUGAAAUUGUAUCAAAUGGAAAGCAUUUUCCUGAAUGGCAAGAAGAAAAUGAAAGUGAAACAGAUCAACAAAUACCAAUUAAUAAUUUAGUAAAAGGUAUUGAAAAUCAACUGCCAAGCAAUGAAAUUAUAGUUCAUUCUUCUAGUGAUCGGGUGGAAACAGAUGAAUGUCAAUUAACUACAAGUGAAGUUGAAAUAAUGGAAUAUCAAACAAACAGCAUCAAUCAACAAGAAUCAAAAUUAUCUGAUAUUGGUGAAAAUGAUAAUGGUAGCUCUGUAGUUGAUCCAUUAAGUUCUCGCAAUUCGUUAGCAGAGACUUCCCAAACAUCUGUUGCUGAUCUUUCAGCUCUCUCUGGAUUUUCUAGUCCAAGUACAACAUUAUCUCGCAAAUGGAAACCUCAAGAAGGAUCACCUGUUAGUACAGCUAGUAGAGCUGCACAGUUACGGCGCACACAUUCACUGUAUGACAGUGUUGAUAAUAAUAAGCAAGAGAUAGAAACUAGAUUACAACCCUCACCAUGUUCUGAUCCAGCUUCACCAGAAUCCAUCAGGAUAUUUGUGCCAUUUGAAUCCCACGUUUCAAAUCCUUCAUCCCCCGUAAAUCAUUCCAUUCAUCAUAGUCCAUCUGCAACUUCAAAUAAUGAUGUCACUCCCACCAAUAAUGGCCCAUGCAUUGCUGAUAGUGUAAUUGAAAUGCUUGUAGAGAACAAAGAGAAAAUACAGUCAGAAGAAUUACAACCAACUUGAUAGUCAUUUUUGCACAAUCUAAGGGCACAGCCAUAUUCGCAAUUAUCAAAAAUUACAGUAUUUAUUUCACCACAAACAAAAAUAUGCAAAUUACCUAUUUUUAAAUGUGAUAUAUUUUGUGUAUAUUUUAUUUUAUUAUUUUUAAGAGUGGCUUGUUUCAUAAUAAUGCACAUAUGUGAAGUAUUAUUAAAAUAGUUUUUAUUAUAUUAAUUAAGUAUUCAUAAAAAUGCAAUAAUUAUUAUAAUAAUAUAUAUACAAUAUAUAUGUUUAGUGUACUGUGUAUUGAUAAUGAUCAAAUUUUUAAUGUUUAGAUCUUUAGUUUACAGUAAAAUGUGCAAAAUUAGGCAGUAAAUUGUGUAUCAAUAUUUGUAUAUAAUGCUCAUUUUUAGGAUGCUGUGUUAGAUAAAGUUGCAUUUUAGUUAUCAAAGGGCAGCAGUAAUUUAAUCUGUAAAAUUUAAACUACAGAUUAAAUUCUUGAUUUAUUAUUUAUUAAAUUUCUUCAGAUUAAUGUUUUUAUCUCCAAUUUCAAAAUUUGAGAUCCAGAAUUUGAUUGUAUA